AUGUGUGUCCUCUCUAAGUUGUGCAAAGACGUCAUCGCCAAAUUCAUCCACCAGGACUUCCAUGGAGUCGUUGCCAAGAUGUCAGUCCUCGAUGCUUUCUGCUUCUUGAUUGUGCACUCCGUGGACAAGAAGAACCUAUGGCACAAGCUGCCGGUGAUUUUGGGUCUGGCUUACCUGGCCAUUCGUCGCCACCUUCACCAAGUCCACAACUUACUCAAUGUCGGUGGACAGCUCCCCGGCGACGGUUUCGACCCGGCUGAUUAUCCUCACAGGACGGAAGACGGGAGGUUUAAUGAUCCCUUCAAUGGAGUUGCAGGCGGUCAGAACACUUUCUUUGGUAGAAACAUGAUGCCAUCUGCCGAAGACAAGGUGGUAACGCCACAUCCUGCCUUAGUGGCUACGAAGCUGCUAGCAAGGAAGUCUGGUGAGAAGUACAAGGAUACAGGGAAGCAGUUCAACAUGGUUGCGGCUUCUUGGAUUCAGUUCAUGAUCCACGACUGGGUUGACCAUCUCGAGGAUACCAAGCAGAUAGAACUGACUGCACCAAAAGAGAUCGCAGGACAGUGUCCUCUUAGUUCAUUCAAGUUCUAUGCCACCAAGGAACUUCCAACUGGCUCCAAUGACAUCCAGACUGGCACACUCAAUAGGCGCACAUCUUGGUGGUAA